AUGUCAACUUCACUGUACUCUGCGUUUGUCUCCAAAGUCUCGAACACCCCGGGGGUAGGCUUUCUUGGCCUCGGACUCGCUAGUUCCUCCUUUUUCUUCUUCGGUAACAUUGCCAACUUCCUGGUUGUUUUGCUCCCCGCUACCACAAAAGGCAGGGAUCACAAGAAUGCAGGAGAAGUCAUUAAGCAAUGGGUAGCCCUGUAUAGGAAUGGAGUUCGAUGUUUUGUACCAAGUUCUGUGAUUGGCACCUUAUCAUUCUUGGCGGCAGGCUUGCUGUCCGAAUCGCCAACGCCAGGUUCACCUGGUCUUAGACCUCUACUUUUCGCUGCCGCUGCCGUAGCAGUCAUCCCUUUCCCAUGGACAGUCCUCACGAUGCUCCCUAUCAACAACAGGCUUCUCGCCCUACACGACCGCUUCUGGAGCGGGGACGAGCAGGUGCAGCUUCCAGGCGAGGUCGAGGAGAAGGAAGCCCUGCAACUCGUUGAGAAGUGGAGGAAAUUGCAUCUGUUCAGAAUCGCUGUAGGCUUUCUUACUUGGGAACUUGCGGUAGUCGCUGCCUUCCUCGCCUAA